AUGCUCAAGUAUGAUUCAGUCCAUGGAAGAUUCGAUGGUUCUAUCGAGAAAGUUGACGGAGGUAUCAAGGUAAACGGAAACUUUGUGAAGGUCACCCACGAGACUGAUCCAUCCAAGAUUAACUGGGGAGACUCAGGAGCUGAUUACAUUUGCGAGAGUACAGGUGUUUUCACAUCUCAAGAGAAAUGCGAAGCCCAUCUUAGCUCAGGAGCUAAGAAGGUAAUCAUCUCUGCUCCACCAAAGGAUGAUGUGCCAAUGUUCGUAUUGGGUGUCAAUCAUGAGAAGUACGAUUCAAACAUGUCUGUUGUUUCUAAUGCUUCAUGCACUACAAAUUGUUUGGCUCCUGUCACAAAGGUGUUGAAUGACAAUUAUGGAAUCGUUGAAGGAUUGAUGACCACCGUCCAUGCUGCCACUAUCAACCAAUUGACUGUUGAUGGACCAUCCAAGGGAGGAAAAGACUGGAGAGCUGGAAGAGCCACUGGAGUCAAUAUAAUUCCAUCAUCCACUGGUGCUGCUAAGGCCGUAGGAAAAGUUAUCCCAGAGUUGAACGGAAAGCUCACCGGUAUGGCUUUCAGAGUCCCAACUGUAAAUGUAUCUGUCGUUGAUUUGACUGUCAGACUUGACAAAUCAACCUCCUAUGAAGAUAUCUGCAAGAAGGUUAAGGAAGCUUCUGAGGGAUCACUUGCUGGAAUCCUCGGAUACACCGAAGACUCUGUUGUCUCAACUGAUUUCACCACUGACAAACGUUCAAGCAUCUUCGAUGCCAAUGCCGGAAUCAUGCUCAGCGAAAACUUCGCUAAGGUCAUCUCUUGGUAUGACAAUGAAUGGGGAUACUCUAACAGAUUGGUCGAGCUCUCUCACUACAUGGCUAACAAAGAUGGAAACUUGGCAUAG